AAACACUGUUCAAAUUAAAUAGACAACAGAAGAAAAUCACGUGAUUCUUGCGGACGCGUUGGCUUGACAACUGUAAUCUUUACCUGGUGCUGAAGCGAGCACUCAGAGGACACCAUGCCAGAGGUCAAAUCAAUAUUCAGAGAAGUUCUUCCUAAACAAGGACAGCUCUCCAUGGAAGAUGUCCCUACUAUGGUUUUGUGUAAGCCAAAGCUGCUCCCACUCAAAUCAGUCACCCUUGAGAAACUGGAGAAAAUGCAAAUGGAGGCUCAAGAGGCUGUUAAACAACAGGAACUGGCAAUGAAGGAGCAACUACAGUAGAUACCCAGUGGAGGAUUGGAAAAAACAGAAAUGCCUAAACUGGAAAAAAUCCUUCAGAUGGAUCAAGCAAACGCACUGAUUCCAAGCACUGGAAUGUAUUUGUAUGGACUUGGAGGGAAUCUGGCUUUACAGAGUUUUAAAAACAGUGUGUUUAAUCCCUCUUUCUCCCUUUUGAAAGUCUUGCUGUUCUGUAGUUAUUAUUGAAUGAUCUACGACAUGUAAUUAGCAAAGAUUACAUCUGUUACUUGCCAGUAGGGGUAGUGA